AGCUGCACGCACCAAGAGCCAAGAUCCAGUACUAGAGUACUAGCACAAGCAGCCACGAGCCGGCGACCUUUCUUCAUCGACUAACACCGGAAUCGGUGUAUAAAGAGGCGGCGUGUCGCGCCGUAUCCGGCAGCAGCGAAGACCAAAACCAUGUCGACACCGAGAACUCAUCCGACUCUGUCGGCCAUCUUGAUCCUGGCCGUCCUGGCCGCGGUGCUCGCCACGGCCGCUCGCGCCCAGACGUGCGGCUCGCAGGCCGGCGGCGCGACGUGCGCCAACUGCCUCUGCUGUAGCCAAUUCGGAUUCUGCGGCAACACCUCCGACUACUGCGGCGCCGGCUGCCAGAGCCAGUGCACCGGCUGCAGCCCCGUCCAGAGGUGCGGCUCGCAGUUCGGCGGCGCCACGUGCGCCAACUGCCUCUGCUGCAGCCAGUUCGGCUUCUGCGGCGGCACCGCCGAGUACUGCGGCGCCGGCUGCCAGAGCCAGUGCAGCGGCUGCCCCUCCCCUACCCCUCCCCCCGGGCCCAGCGGCGAGGGCGUGGCGUCCAUCUUGUCCAAGGACCUCUUUGAGCAGAUGCUCCUCCACCGCAACGACGCGGCGUGCACGGCCAGAGGGUUCUACACCUACGAGGCGUUCCUCGCGGCCGCCGCCACGUUCCCGGCCUUCGGCAGCACGGCGGAGGGGCUGAGCGUCGAGACGCGGAAGCGGGAGGUGGCCGCGUUCCUGGGCCAGACCUCCCACGAGACCACCGGCGGGUGGCCGACAGCGCCCGACGGCCCCUUGACGUGGGGCUACUGCUUCAAGCAGGAGCGCGAGCCCAAGUCGAUCUACUGCGACACCACCAAGCCGGAGUGGCCGUGCGCGCCCAAUAAGGACUACAUCGGCCGCGGCCCCAUCCAGCUCACCUGGAACUACAACUACGGCCUGGCGGGGCGCGCGCUCAGCUUGGACCUGCUCAACAACCCGGACCUGGUGGCGGCGGACGCGGUGGUGUCCUUCAGGACGGCGCUCUGGUUCUGGAUGACCCCGCAGGCGAACAAGCCGUCGUCGCACGCCGUCAUCACGGGGCGGUGGACGCCCACGGCCGCCGACAACGCGGCCGGCCGCGUUCCGGGGUACGGAGUGAUCACCAACAUCAUCAACGGCGGGCUCGAGUGCGGCAUCGGCCCAGACCCCCGUGUGGCCGACCGGAUCGGCUUCUACCAGCGGUACUGCAGCAUCCUCGGCGUCGACACCGGGAGCAACCUCGACUGCUACAGCCAGAGGUCUUUCAACUUAGGUGUGCCAUCGACCGGGCUCGCCGCGCAGUGAAUACGGCCGCUCGCCGGCGUCUACUGUAAAAUAAGCUUUCCCGCCUCAGCAACAAGUUAAUAAAUGCACGAAAUGUCCUCCCGUUCAUGCAUUUCUGUCACGACUUUCGGAAGGAGUCAUUGUUGUAUGAUAGACUUUGUGAUCGAUAAGCUGGCAAGCGAUAUAUAAGUAUAACUACCGGAAAUGCAAUUUUAA